AUGGUCAUUGACUUCAGGAGGAAGAGGAUGUCUCCAAUGCUGCUGUGCAUUCUGGGAGAGGAUGUGGCUGUGGUGGAGGACUACAACUGGACAGACAGCGGAGCUCCUUCUCCAACAGACUGCUCCAACUCCGCUGUCACAAGGACAGGAAAUAUUGAAAUAAAGAAGAAGUGCACACCCAUAACUCCCUCUCCCCUCUCUCUCUCUCUCUCUCUCUCUCUCUCUCUCCAGGGCUCCAGUGUUCCUAAACCUCCCCCUGUGGCACCAAAGGAUGAGAGAUCAGACAUCAUAAAACCAGUUGCCCUCACCCAUCCCCCUACACCACCCAUUCCCUACGCGCACUCCUCCAGCCCCUCAGCUGCCCACUACAACAAGGCCCCCAGACCCUUUGGGGGCUGCGGAACAGAGAGUGAAUACCCUCCUUCACAAUCCCCUUAUGCACCCUUCAUCCCAUCCCCAUCCUCUGCCUUCACUCCUGCCUCCUCCUACACCAUCCCCCCUCCUCCACCUCCUGUCUCUUACCCAUCCUCUUCCUCCUCCUCCCCCCCUGGCCUUGUUGCGCCCCAGCCAUCAGUGUAUAACACACCAAUCAACCUCUACUCCACUGAGAACGCAUGUGAGGUGGCCAUGGGGCAGAGGCGGGGCCUGUUGGAGAGUCAGGGUGGAGCCUUGCCUUUGGAGUUUAAUGGUGGACCUCAAAGUAUUUUAAAAAAACCCCAGCCACCAAGAGUUCCCAGGAAACAUAUCGUUGACACCGACAUCCAUUUCUAUCAUGUGCCCACUCAUGCUGAUGCCAGCAGGAAGCGCAUAACGGAAGACACGGAGGAUUGGCGCCCACGCUCCGGCACCACCCAGUCCAGGUCUUUCAGGAUUCUGGCUCAGAUCACCGGAACCGAGCGCGCUCAAGACGAGGAAGCUGAUGCAGCCAAGACAAAUGAGGAGGGAGAGGAGCCAGAACUCAACAGCCAUGAGUCAGCAGUUGUCAAAACCAUGACCAAAGGACCGUCUGCAAUCCAGGGUCGAGUCCCAAAGGCCGGUUUAAUCACCCCAUCUUUUGGUAUAAAGGGUAAUGGAAGUGCCAGUGUCCCCAGGGUUCCUGUCCCAGCCCGGCCUUUACCUCAGCCCCAUCCUGAAGAUGAGGACACCCUGGUCCAGAGGGCAGAACACAUCCCUGCUGGUUUUCGUACGCCCAUGUGUGCCCACUGUAACAUGGUCAUCAGAGGGCCAUUUUUGGUAGCAAUGGGAAAGUCAUGGCAUAAGGAGGAAUUUAACUGUACCCACUGCCGUAAAUCCCUGGCAGAUAUAGGCUUUGUGGAAGAACAGGGAUCUGUCUACUGUGAACAUUGCUAUGAAGACUUCCUCGCUCCCACAUGCAGCCGCUGCCAGGAUAAGAUACUGGGGGAGGUGAUAAAUGCUCUCAAACAGACGUGGCAUGUCCACUGCUUUUUGUGCGCUUCCUGUCAGCAGCCAAUCAGAAACAACACCUUCCACCUGGAGGAAGGAGAGCCAUACUGUGAACAAGACUUUUACAGUAUGUUCGGGACCAGCUGCCAUGGCUGUGAAUUCCCCGUUGAGGCUGGAGACAAGUUCCUUGAGGCCCUUGGUUACACCUGGCAUGAUAACUGCUUCGUCUGCGCUGUGUGCUGCACUACUCUGGAAGGCCAGACCUUUUUCUCCAAGAAGGACAAACCUCUUUGCAAGAAACAUGCUCACACACUGAAGAUAUAAAUAUUGGACUUUCCUCACACUAUUUCUAGCUAUACAUUCCCCCUUGCUUAAUGGGGUGGGAAGGCCUUUUAAAAGUUCAUGGGACAAUAAACUGAAGCAAUACUUACAUAGUGACUUAGCUGCCAGAAACAGGAAAACACUACCUUGUAUGCAAAAGUGAACUUACUCUUGUCCAGGGACACAGACCCAUUUUAAGACAAAAACUACCAGAGUUUCCUAUCCAUUUUCUAAUACAAUCCGCAGAAAAACUGCCAGUAAAGAAGCUUUGUUUUUAUCACCUUUCAUCAAACAUUUUUUAUAUUAAUUUUUAUCUGGAUUUUCUUUCUCACACAUAAAAAAGUAGAGCAGUUUUUCUGCUAUUAGUGCAGUGUCUGUUUUCAACCACCAGAAAUCCCCAAAGUCAUACAUUUAAUAAUACAAAUAAUGUAAGAAUGUUUUAAUAACAUCAUAUUUAGCAUUGUAUAUCAGUGUACAAAGAGGCUCAGGUAACUUGUAGAUUCACACUUGAAAUAGACACAACCAGAAAUGUGUGAAAAUAUACCAUAUAUUCAUAUCUUUACUAUGGGAACACAGAAGGAGCAGGAUUUUGGACAAUUAUUUCCUAACCAGGAGUUUAUUAUUGUUAGUGUGAAUGUUUGUGUAGCAGGAAUGAAAUGUAACAAUCUGAUCUGCAGCUAUUAAAACUAAAAACACACCGACCAUUCUUGUAUCACUGCUUUUAAUACAGGUGAACUGGAUGUCUGACGUGAUGCUAAAACCUCUUGUUUCCUUAAAUAAUAUAAUGUUUUUAUGUUGCCCUCCAAAACAAUAAAGGACAUAAAUGGCUCUACAUAUAGAUUGAUUAACAUAUAACAAACUAUAAAGCCUGCAUUAUGUAUAUCUAUGUAUUUGUCCUUAUUUUGAUACACUGACAUGUUUUGACUAUUGAAUAGUACUGAGUGCCAUAUCGUAUAAUUCACAAUAUUCACAUUUUUAGUUAUUGAACUCAUAUUAUAAUAUAAAAAAAAUAUUUUAACUAUUAUAAUAACUGCAUACAUUUCUGGUUGAUGCCUCUCUUGAUAUGCUUCAUAAAAGUUAAAAGCUCUUUCUGCAGGAAAAUAGGGUUAAACUAUGGCUUAAAUAAUUGUAUUGUUGUAAACGGUACUUUAUUCUGUUUUAUAGAGGUAAGAAAUGUGUUAUCUAAUGUGACUGUCCAAGCACCUCCCUCUUGGAGGUAUUUACUUUACCUUAGAGAGACAAAUAUACAAUUUUUUCAAACACCAGAAAAAAUGGCAGCAGAUAUCAACUUUAUUCAUUUCACCUGAUUAUCAUUAAAGAAAGCUUGGUUUUUACUGUAUGGGACAAAAGGGGUGAGUAAGUGUACAGCAGUAAUGGAGCGUAGUAAACAGUUAUCUGAGUUGUUUGAUAAAUUAUGCUUUUAAACCCCAA